GAGAAAAACACACAACCUCUUAGUCUUAAAUAUAAAGACUCAAGUACCUUGAAAUUUAACUCAAGUUCUGUGUGUCGAAAUUAACAAAUGGCUAGCAUAGGUGCUAUGCACCUGGCCAAAAUCCAAAACUAAAGCAAAUAUACAAUGCAUAACUCUGGCGAAAUCAAUUUUUCUCGGCUUUUCCCCGGGUCUGAUUGAAAAGCAGUAUUUGUAUCAUAAAUAUGGAUAAGAUGUAUCAAAUCUUAGGAGCUUCACUAGCCCAUCUCGCCAAACCGCACACGAUUUUACGGGCCCUCCGCUUCUAACCAUGCCAGGGCUGUGGGGCCCUGUGCAGGAGACAAAAUAUCCCAUGCAAACGAAUAUGACACGGUGAAAUUAGCGAUUCAUUCCACCCUCCCAGAGAAAACUAUCCCAAUUCCACUGCCACCAUGAGUAUUCAAAUGCUGAUCAUCUUCGGAUUGCUUAUCCUGCAAAUGUCGCUUCUUGUGGUGCUUCUUCUGCCCUUGCCCCACAUCGUCAGGGUCAGGCUUAUCAAGAUCAGUGACAGCUUGGAAAAGAAUCCCAACUUCACCGUGGUGUUGGUAUUUUCCAUCAUCCUCUUGGGUAUGCAGUUCUUGGACUGCCUCAACAAGUUGAAGCGGUUCACGGACCACGGCGACGUGUGGAACCACGACCAGAUGGCCAGCAAGUUCUAUGCCCAGAGAAACCUCUACUUGACUGGAGCUGUGUUGUACUUGUACUUGGCCAUCUACACGGUGGUUCGUACCGUCAAGAAGUUGGUGGCCAAGGAGUCUGAGUACAGGAAGCUUGCAUCGGUGCCCCAGCCCUCGGAGGACGACGAAGGCGAGAUUGCAAAGUACCAGCAGUUGAUCAAGAUGAAGGAGCAGGACAUCGCCGUGUUCAAGAAACAAGUGCUGGGAAUUCAAACUGCGUACGACGACUUGACUCCUGCCCCCCAGUCGGGGUCCAAGAAGCUGGACUAGUCGAAUACUGAUUCCAGACUACAUGCAUUUAGUAGAUAGGAAAUAUGAAAACACAAUAGGUACAAAAUAGCGUGGAGUAUACCCAGAGGGCACACGUAGGCGUAGUGACAGCACAGAAGGUGCUUGCACGAGGUAAUGAGUACAACAGAAAGUACAAAAAGGUCCUCAGGUGAAUAUGAAAUAAUCUA